AAAAAAUUAUUAUUAAAUUACAAUUAUAGCAUUUUGUUGUUUAUAUUAGAAUUGUUUGAUUUUACAUAUAAAGUUUCCAAAUAUGAUUCAACUAAUCCAAGUAGAUGACGCGUAAGUUUCAAUAAACAAAAGAAUUUAGACGAUAUGCAAAAUUUGCUGCAAAUAUAUGGAAAAUUUUUUUGUCAUAUUUAUUAUUAAUAUCGCAGCAAAUCAAUAAUUUUAAAAUAAUAAUUUGUUGAGUCAAUAAUCAAAAAGUUGUCAGCAGAGAAAAACUUUGUAUUGAAAUCUAAUAAUUUUCAAAAAAGAAAAAAAAAAACAACAACUAAAAAAAAUGCAGCGAAAUAAAGAAUCGAAGGAAAUCUUAGGACUUAAUCGCAUUACAAAAAAACGUAUAAUGGAAUUAUGCAAAAAAGAUAAACUCUAUCAAACUCCCGAAUUAAAUGAUGUUUUGUAUUUGCACUAUCAGGGAUUUGAAUGCAUUGAGUGCUUGGAAGAUUAUACCGAACUUAAGUGUCUCUGGCUGGAGUGUAAUGCCAUUUCCGAAAUCCAGGGUUUGGAAAAACAAGCGAAACUGAAAUGUCUAUUUCUGCAAAGUAAUUUGAUAAGAAAAAUUGAGAAUUUAGAUUACUGCAAGGAAUUGGAUACCAUAAAUUUGUCUCAGAAUCAUAUAAGAAAAAUUGAGAAUUGUGGUUUUGAGGUAUUACCGGUAUUGAAUACUUUGAAUCUUUCUUCGAAUUAUUUAAAAGAUAGUGAGGGUUUAAGGGAGUUGGAGAAUUGUAAAAAUCUGUCGGUGUUGGAUUUAUCUAAUAAUCGUAUUGAUGAUAUAUUGGUGGUAAAGAUUUUUGGAAAAAUGCCGGAAUUAAAAGUUUUAGUAUUGCAAGGCAAUCCGGUAGUAUCCAAAAUACCACAAUAUCGUAAAACUUUGAUAUUGGAAUGUAAAAAAUUAACCUAUUUGGAUUCAAGACCGGUAUUUCCAAAAGAUAGGGCCUGUGCUGAAGCUUGGAAACGUGGUGGCUAUGAAGAGGAACGCAAAGAGAACGAAAGAUGGAAUCGCCGAGAACGUAAAAAGAUGAGAGAUGGUGUAAAUGCUACCAUACAAUUGCGCAAUAAAAAUCGCAAGCCAGAAGAUCAAAUUUCCUUAAUACCCUCCUCAGAUUCUGAAGAUGAAUCGAAAAAUACAGAAAAGAAAAAUUUGCAAAAUCGUGAGAAUAUGGAAGUUGAAAUAGAUAGCAUAUGGGAUGAGGUGGCAGAGGACAAACAUUCGGAGAGAUCUUCUAGUUCGGUUACUAGCGGUGAGAGUAAAGUUUCCGAUUCUACACAAAGUUCUGAGAGUAAUGAAGAAGAACAGGAGGCUGUUAACAAAAUAGAGGUUAAAGAGGAUGAAAAGAGAAUGUUGGCAGAGAUUUCUAGUUCUGCUAAUAGUUCUGACACCAAAGACAAAGUUGAGUCUGUAAUAGAUCAACAACAGAAAAUAUCGGAAGAAAUUACAGUAGAAGAAGAAGAAGUUGAAAUACUAAAAGAAUCGAAGAACAUUUUGGAACCUGAAAAGUUGACCAGUUCUACUUUAACUAGUCUGAAUAAGGAGAAAGAUUCUACUGAUGCUAAUCGAACCACUGCAGAGUCAAAACUUGAAAAUUUCUCAGAACCUCCAACUAAAAAAGUUCAAUUACAUAUUGAAUAUUAUAAUAGUUUAGAUAUCUGUUCUGGAAAUUUGAAAAAUACUUCUAUGGCUCAUAUAGAAGAAGGUAAAGGGUGCCAAGAAUCUGAGUUACAUUGUCCGUUUAGUAAGUUGGAAGAAGAGACUCGUAAAUUCUCAAAUUUCCCAGAGUCUUCUACACAAAAACUUCAAUUAUCAAUUGAAAACAGUAAAGAUUUAGACAACAGCUCUGAAAGUAUGAAAAGUACUCCUAAGCUAAGUCUAAUUAAGGAAAUAGAGCCCCAAGAACCCAAAUUAAGUACCUCGCAUAAUGUCUUAAACCAAGGCAUACCAAAAACAGAUAAUUUCCUAGAAUCUUCAAGCAAACAAGUUCAAUUAUAUAUUGAAAAUUGUAAAGGAUCCGAAAACCCUAACACUUACCUUAAUAACGAUUACCUUAAAGAUUCUUCGGAGAACUAUCAAACUACUAUUGAAGCUAUAAGAAACGUAACAGAAUCUAAUAAUUCUCCGGAAGUUUCUUUCACAAAAAAUAACGAAACUCUCAAUACAUCUCAAGAAAAUGUUGAAGAUAAUUAUGAUUCCCUUCAGGAAAUGGAAGAUACCAUGAAUAUGUUGAAUCAGAAGAGUGAAGAACAAACAUCAUCUUUGUUAAAACCCCAAAAAGACCUAGAGAAAUAUCUUAAUAAAUGGGAAAAUGAUCACGAACGUUUACAAGUCAAUCAGAAAGUAAGAACAGAUUUUGAAAAGUUAUCGACAAAUUUAAAUAGUUUUGUGGAACAAUUAGAUCAGGAACAAAAACAAAGACAAGAAAUUUUUAAAGCUUUAUAUGACAAAAAUAUAGCGCCUAAAGAAAGCAGCCCAGAAAGUAGCGCUAGUGAAGAGAAAGAUCACUUAGAGGAAUGGAAGUUGGAACGAAUGAUUGAUCUGUGGGAUAGAGAUACAAAUUUGAAGAAAUACUCAACAGAAAACAAACCGAAAGAUUUAAAAGAUACUUUCCAAAAUGUUCCAACAAAUAUUAUAAAAGCAGAAGAAGCUUUAAAUGAUUCCUUAGAAAGUGUUGCAGCAAAAACUGAAGAACCCCCUACCUACUAUAUACCCAUGGAUGUAUCUAACUUAACUCGCAAAUCUAAUGAGGCUUUAGAUUCCCUCGAAAGAGAAUCUAAAGAAUUGAAGAGAUUGCUGCAACAAUUGGAGGAUAAAAAUGAAGAUCUCUUUAAAGAUAUCAAUGCGGAAAUGAAAUGUGAAAGAGAACAAAAUCACCCAGAGAAUCCAGAAAAAGAAAGUGAAGAAACAGUACAGGAUAAUAGAGAAAAACAAACUCAUGAAAAGGAUGAUUACAAAACAAAUGAUCCAGCUGAUAGUAUGGAAUCGAAAUCAGAAAUAAAAUGCGAAAUAGAGGAAAGUAUCCCCGAGAAAAAUGAAGAUCGUUUUAAAGAAUGGAAUGCAGAAAUAAUAUGUGAAAGAGAAGAACGUAUUCCAGAGCAAGAGGGAAAAGAAAGCGAAGAAAUGGAAAAGGAUAACAUAGAUAAACAAACAUAUAAGAAAGAUAAUUAUAAAGCAAAUCAAAAAGAUUUUAAAACAGAUCAAGUUGAACCAAAUCUUGUUAAAAGAGAAGAAGCAGUUGAAGACGAAAGAGAGCAGCCACAAAUUGUAUCAACAAUUGUAGAAGAACUAAUAAAAUCUCUAGAAUUAAAACAAAAAUCUUAUAAAUUUCCCGAAUCUUUGGAAAACCGCGAAGUAGAACCUUCUACUAAAACUCAACAUUCACAGCAAAGUGUUUCUGAAAAUCUUCCGGAUUUCUUGAAAACAUUCAAUCAAUUCUACCAAGCUGUUGAAACUACAAAUCAGGAAAAGAAUAAACUUCCGGAAGCUAAAGAAAAACCAAAGUCUGAGGUUUUAAAAGAACUUUCCAAACAAACAAAUCUAAAAGUAUUCAAUAUUGAUACUCUUGAAAGUUUGGAUGCUCAAUUGGCCGAAAUGAAAAGAGUGGAACAUGAUAGAGUACGACGUAUGGUUGGCAGGGUGUAUGCUCAAAAAGAUCGCUAUAAUGAUACUUUGGAGUUAGUUGAGGGCAAGCUAAUGGUGCGCCAUCAUGAUACACAAGAACUGAAGGAGCUAACACAACCUGUUAUGCAGGAAUCAAGUGAAAGUGAGGUUGAAUAUGAUACCGCACAGUCAGAGGAAGAGGAUUAUAAUAGCGGCUCUAAAUUUGAAAAAAGUUUGAAGCGUAAACCCUAUAAGCCUAUAGCACGCAAAUCCAGUGAGGAUCUUAUAAUACAAGCUUUAAUAGCUAAUAAGUCCCACAAAGCUUCCGAUGAUAGUGAGGAGAGUAAUGAUGAUGAUGAAUUCUAUUCUUUAGAUCCUCAAGAUACUGCAAAUCUUUAUAAAGAAAUCGAUAAAGAAUUUUUUCAUAAAUUAACUCUAGAAAAUUUAAAAUUCUCACACCAAGAUGAGAAUCAUAUUGUUCAAUGUGCCCGAAGCUAUGAGGAAUUGAAACAUUGUUUAUCCUUAAAAAAAGAAGAGAGAGGCUUAACCGAGGAAGAAAAUGAUUUGGUAGAAGAUAUGAUCGAAGGAAAAUGUUUAAAACUUAAGGAGAAACCAGAAACUUCACACAAUAAUCAAGAUCGAUCGACAGAAGAACAAUUGUGGCUUGAUAAAGUGACUCUGAAAUCGGAAGAUCAGGGAGUUAAGAAUGAAAUAGAGCUAAAAUCUAGCAAAGAGGCUAUACAAUUAUUUAACUAUAAACCUAAUACAAAUACUGAUCAGCUGUUAAGUGCGCCAAGUUUUCGAGACCCUAAGCCUGAAGAUUCGGAGCAUAUGAAAACACCAUCGGAAGAUGAAUGCGAAAACCUAAUGAAAGCCAUAUUGCUCAAGAAACUUGCAGAGCAAAGAGAAAGAGAACAUUUUUAAAAGAGAAAAACCCGAGCUUAAGAAAAACGAUCUUGAAUCCGUUUUGAGUUAUGAGCGUUCAAGUGAAGAAGAAAAAAAUGAAAUCGAAAGUAAUAUUGAUUUUGAAAGUGGAGCUUCCAAUAAAAAAACAUACAAUUGUCAAACAAAAGAUGUAUUAAAAGAUGAAGAACUAGGAACUGAAGAAGAAACUGUAAAUGUUACUGAAGAUUUAAUUACGGAAGUAUGUUUACCGAAUGAUGAUGUCGUUGGGGGCAAUUCAGCUGGUGUAGAGAUUUUGGAAUGUAAUUUAGAAAUUAUUGGCUGCAAUGAUGAGUUGGUGGAUACUAUAACCGUUAAUGCUGAAGUACAUUUUUAAAGAAAUACGGAUUCUUGUUUUAUUUUGUAAUUUUCG